CGGCGCCGUGCACUGGCCCGCGGGAGCGCGCUCGGGGCCGCGCGUUUUCCGCUUUCCCGGCUCGGUCGCUGACGCGUCGUAGACGUUGGGGAGCGGGAAGGCAGCGACAGCGGGAUCAGGAUGAACAGCGGCGGCGGCUUCGGGUUGGGCUUAGGCUUCGGCCUCACCCCUACGGCGGUGAUUCAGGUGACGAAUCUGUCGUCGGCCGUGACCAGCGAGCAGAUGCGUACGCUUUUUUCCUUCCUAGGAGAAAUCGAGGAGCUGCGGCUCUACCCCCCGGACAACGCACCUCUUGCUUUUUCCUCCAAAGUAUGUUAUGUUAAGUUUCGUGACCCAUCAAGUGUUGGUGUGGCCCAGCAUCUAACUAACACGGUUUUUAUUGACAGAGCUCUGAUAGUUGUUCCUUGUGCAGAAGUGAUGCAGCCAACACGAACGGUUGUCAUGUGUAACACAACUUUCGAUCACCGCGAAAACACCGUCCUGGGAAAGCGUCCAUGCUUGAUAUCGUUUGGUUCAUGAACAUUAAGUUUCCAGUACAGGUAAAAUCCCGGAGGAAUCUAAAGCCCUUUCUUUAUUGGCUCCUGCUCCAACCAUGACAAGUCUGAUGCCUGGUGCAGGAUUGCUUCCCAUACCAACGCCAAAUCCCUUGACUACACUUGGUGUUUCACUUAGCAGUUUGGGAGCUAUACCAGCAGCAGCAUUAGACCCCAACAUUACAACACUUGGGGAGAUACCACAGCCACCACUUAUGGGAAAUGUGGAUCCUUCCAAGAUUGAUGAAAUUAGGAGAACAGUCUAUGUUGGAAAUUUGAAUUCCCAGACAACAACAGCUGAUCAACUACUUGAAUUUUUUAAACAAGUUGGGGAAGUGAAGUUUGUGCGGAUGGCAGGUGAUGAGACUCAGCCAACUCGGUUUGCUUUUGUGGAAUUUGCAGACCAAAAUUCUGUCCCAAGGGCCCUUGCUUUUAAUGGAGUUAUGUUUGGAGACAGGCCACUGAAAAUAAAUCACUCCAACAAUGCAAUAGUAAAACCCCCUGAGAUGACACCUCAGGCUGCAGCUAAGGAAUUAGAAGAAGUAAUGAAGCGAGUACGAGAGGCUCAGUCAUUUAUCUCAGCAGCUAUUGAACCAGAGUCUGGAAAGAGCAAUGAAAGAAAAGGCGGUCGAUCUCGUUCCCACUCUCGCUCAAAAUCCAGGUCUAGCUCAAAAUCCCAUUCUAGAAGGAAAAGAUCACAGUCAAAACACAGGAGUAGAUCCCAUAAUAGAUCACGUUCAAGACAAAAAGACAGACGUAGAUCUAGGAGCCCACAUAAAAAGCGUUCUAAAUCAAGGGAGAGACGAAAGUCAAGGAGUCGUUCACACUCAAGGGACAAGAGAAAAGACACUCGAGAAAAGGUCAAGGAAAGAGUGAAAGAGAAAGAUAGAGAAAAGGAAAGAGACAAAGAGAGAGAGAGGGAAAAGGAGCGUGAAAAAGAAAAGGAACGGGGUAAAAACAAAGACCGGGAAAAAGACAAGGAAAAGGACAGAGAGAAAGAGCGAGAAAAAGAGCAUGAAAAGGAGCGUGACAAAGAGAAGGAAAAGGAACAGGACAAAGAAAAGGAACGAGAAAAGGACAGGUCCAAAGAGAUAGAUGAAAAAAGAAAGAAGGAUAAAAAAUCCAGAACACCACCCAGAAGUUAUAAUGCAUCAAGAAGAUCUCGUAGUUCCAGCAGGGAAAGACGAAGGAGGAGGAGCAGGAGUUGUUCCAGAUCACCAAGAACAUCCAAAACGAUGAAGAGGAAAUCUUCUAGAUCUCCAUCGCCUAGGAGCAGAAAUAAGAAGGAUAAAAAGAGAGAAAAAGAAAGGGACCACAACAGUGAAAGAAGAGAAAGAGAACGUUCAGCCUCUACAAGGAAGAGUUCUAAUGACAGAGAUGGGAAAGAGAAGUUGGAGAAGAAUAGUACUUCACUUAAAGAGAAGGAGCACAAUAAAGAACCAGAUUCAAGCCUGAGCAAAGAAGAUGACAAGGAUGCACCAAGGACUGAGGAAAACAAAGUGCAGCAAAAUGGCAGUUGUCAGCCAAAUGAAGAAAACCUCUCUACCAAAACAGAAGCCGUAUAGGACCAACAAACGCAUCUUUACACUCAGUGCUGGAAUAAAAUCCAAAGCUUUUAAUUCUCUCAACAGGAUGUAAACGGAGAAGAAAUCUAUAGGUGACUUUGUGGCCAUCUUGUUGCUGAGUAAGAAAAUAAAGCAUGAACAUCAUGAAAACAACAGAUGUUACCCAAAUCCAUCUUCUAAAAUCUGUGCAUUUCCAUGGUGGCUGACACACUUGUCGUGUGGUUUGUUAGUGUUUGCCAAGAACCAUUGCAAAUAAAUCGAACAUCAAAGAUCUAAAUUUGUACCAUCCCUAAGGACUGGAGAUAAGCAUUGGAGGCUCUUUUAAAAAAUGGUAGUUACUGAAUUUUGUAUUGUUUUACUGUUUCUUUUUUAUUUCAGUAUAUACAGUUUGAUGAUGUGCUUGAAAUUGGUGCAGAUAUAUACACACCUUGUAAGUGCAAAGUAUGUAAGAAGUUUUAACAUUUACUUCACAAGAUUUACAGUGAUGUGUUAAAUUCUCACUAUUGUGUUUUCUUUUGCUCACUGUUUAGGACAACGGUUUUCUUUAAAAUAGUUUUGCAGAUUAAAAUUGCUUAAUAAGUGGAUUAAAAAACCAACUGAAAAUGCAUGCUACUGUUCUUUUUCAAAAGGAAGAACAGCUGUGUUGAAUACUAAUAAUAAUGUAUUAGUAUUCGGUGUUUAGAAUUGUUGGGUCUACCCACCAAGUGAGCAUUUAUUUUUGAACUUUCUUGACAUUUCCAAGCUUCUUAUGAAUAAUAUUGCAGUGUGUCUUGUCAGCUGUAGGUGGCAAAGGUGCCCUUUUAAAAAGGAAUCUAGGUUUUCAAAUGGGCUAUGGGAGCACAAGCUGAAGCUUUAGUGCCUUCUACAAUGUGGUAUACUGUUUUCUAGAAUUUUAUAUGUGCUAGUCAUUCUCAAUCAUAUGGAAUCUAGAUGGAUAUUUCAUUCAUACCCAUUAGAGAAGUGUGCAGGUGGUAUGUCCGAAGAGCUUCUUACUUAUUUCGCCUAAUAUGAGAAGGAAGUCCUGUUUUCAAGAAUGACUAUUUAGAGUCAUACAGUUUUGGGACCAUCACUUUUAUACUGUGAUAAUUGAAAAUGAAACAUGUUCUUAUUUUCCUUGAAUCAGAGGAAACACUUUAGUUGUCUAUAUUGGAUGGCCUUAAUUAUUACCUCUCAAUUGUCUUUGCAUAAAUAAUGUGCAGAAAUUAUACUUAAAGGGAGGGUAGGACUAUAUGGGAGGUUUUCUUUUUUAUGUUUAAGGAUAUAUUUACUUGUUAAGAUAUAGGUCAUCCAUCAUUCUUAGGCUCACAUUUUGCAGAAAGUAUGCAAAUAAUAAAAUGACAACGUUGCUGUUUUUCCCCAAAACUAUAACUUGUAGUUUCUGAACUCUUCAUUAUGGUUAUAUUUUCCAAAAAGUAAUCUUUUAAUUAGCAUGUUACUAAAAAAUCAAGUAUAAUUUUAAUGCAGUCUAAUACAAUCAAAUUACUCAGUUGCCUUACCUCAUGGGAAGAGUUAAUUUUAUAAAUUUAAAAAGCUGGUAGCACAUUAGUUACUUGGUUUCCACUUGAGUUUUCUUUUAAUGUUAGUACUAUUGAAACCUAAGUAUUUGGUGGAAAAUGGAAAGAGUUGCCCUUAUUGCAAGUAAUGAUGAAGCCUGGUUUAAUUAUGAAGCUGCUUAAUCACUCUUCACGUGUUCAAAAUUACUGUUUGUUGUUUUUUCCUUUUUGUCACUGUGUACAUUAAAAUUUUGGAAAAUGCUUUACUAUGUAAAGUAUAGAUGGUCAUUUUAAUCAUUCAGCCACAUAUGGUUGGCUGGUAAACAGCUUAUUCUGAUACAAGAAUGCUUGGGUACAAAUGGAAAGAUUGUGAAAGAGUGUGUGUCUUACACCAACAGCUAUCUUAUUUAUGAUAUGUAAGUAGCAUAGAGCUAAUGUUUGAAUCUUUGUUAUUUUUAGUACUAUUUCUCUAAUAAAGCUAAGUAUUUGAG